GGCCGCCCAGGGGGUGACGGGAAGGGAGGCCGGCCGGGCGCUCCGGGCUCGAGGCGGGAAGUGGGCGCGGCGCGGGCUCUGCUGGGCGCUCGGCGGCUGCGGACCAGUAUGGGAGUGGGGCCGACCGGCCGCCCGCAGCGUCUGGAGCCCCGCUGAAGCCGCCGCGGAGACCCCGCCCGGGAGCCGAGAUGUGUCUGCGCCUGGAUGGGGAAAUGAAGACUCAGAAGUUUGAGUAUUUUGCUGGAGUCAGUUCAGCAAUUAGAUCCAAGGACUCUCAUGAAAGCACUGUGAACCCCUUUUCCUGAUGAGGAAACUGAGGCACAGAGAAGGUGGCCUGAGUGUGGGUGACUUCCGGAAGGUGCUGAUGAAGACGGGGCUGGUGCUGGUGGUGCUGGGCCACGUGAGCUUCAUCGCAGCCGCUCUCCUCCACGGCACGGUGCUGCGCUAUGUGGCAGCCCCCAACGAUGCUGUGGCUCUGCAGUACUCUGUGGUCAACAUCCUCUCUGUCACUUCCGCCAUCGUGGUCAUCACCUCAGGCAUUGCAGUCAUCGUGUUAUCACGCUACCUCCCCAGCAUCCCUCUGCGCUGGACGGUGUUUAGCUCGAGUGUGGCCUGUGCUCUUCUCUCUCUGACCUGUGCUCUCGGCCUCUUGGCCUCGAUUGCUGUGACCUUUGCCACCCAGGGCCAGGCACUGCUGGCCGCCUGUACUUUUGGGGACCCUGAACUACUGGCACUGGCGCCCGACUGUCCCUUCGACCCCACUCGCAUUUACCGCCCAGAUCACCCACCAGUUGCUGGAACUGAGGCCCUGGUUGGGGAAGAGCAGCCAUCACAUGAUCACCCCAGCCCCCGACUCCUCCCACUUUCUGGAUGUCCUGGAGGAGAAGACCCAGACCCAGUGGGCUGGCAGCCUCUGACAUCUCCACAGAUGCGGGAGAGCCCAGAGCCUGUGGAGGACCACGACCUGCAGAGCUGCACUAGCUCUGGGCUGAUGACGCUUUGACAGCUGUUGCCUCACCCAAGCCCCGUGGCCACUGGGGCCCUCCAGCCAAGUCUGCACUGUGAUCAGGCCAGGAUUCCUAGAGCCAGCCAAGAGGGCUCAACGCCACUCCAGGACCCGGGUGGGUCUUUCACCCCUCUCCUCCAGCCACCCAGCCCACUGCACUGAAACGAGACUUUAUUCUGAAGAUAUUAAAAAGAACAGAGAUGCUCCACGUGGAUGCAUGCAGCGGGGGAGGGGACUCGGCCGGGGGCCUGUGCUGCUCUCCCACACAGGACACUGUGGGUGGCGCUCUAGGUGUGUCUGCCCAUCUGUCUGUGGGCCUGUGUGUGUAUCUGAGAGAGACAAGACACACAGAGGGGUCCGUGGGUCUGUGUUCAUCAAAAUGCUGAAACGCAGGCGGGGGUUCAUGGGACUCACAGCUGGGGGGCUGGAAGCAGGAGGUUUUCCUUUUGCAUCAUGGCCUCCGGGCCAACAAGGGCAGGAACAGGCAAGGUUGAGGCCCUCCUGCAGGGAAGGAUGGCUCAAGGAAGGUUUCUCCUCAAGCCCCCAAACCUCUGGAAUCCUUCUCUCCGCUCCAAAUAAAAAGACAGGCAUGAUUCCCAACUCCA